CGAUGUUUCUUUCUAUUUCGAAAUGUUGGGUUGAUAACCGUGUAUUAGUAAAGUGAAAUUAAUGCAAAACUCUCUUAGUUCGCAGCUCAUGAUCCCAAUUUAAGAGUUCCUAUCUGUCGCAUAAAUGUAGUUUAUGUACUGGUAUUUUGGGCUUUGACACAAUACCAAAACAUGGCAUGCCGAAAACUUUGUGAAAAUCGUGUGCGCUUUUCUCUGACUUUGUAUAAAACCGUGUUGGCUCACAUCUCGAGCUCCGAAAACUUGUUAAUAUCCCCCUUGUCUGCAGAACUGGCUGCUAUUGCGGCAUACAUUGGAGCGGAGGGAAAAACACGAAGUGAAAUAGCUCAAGUUUUAGGCUUGACAGCGGAUUACACAGUCGAAGACAUUUCCGGCCGGUUAGCGCAAAUUAUCUGCGAUGAAACCAGAGAGGUAGCAUUCAAUCCAGAAAAUUGCUGCAAAAACUUCGAACUAUCAUCAUGCGUUGGAAUAUUUAUCGACGAAAAUGUUCGUUUAAACGAGCAUUACGCAGAAAGGGCACAGAAUCUUGUGAAGGCAGUUUGCUUGCCUGUUCGAUUUGCGAGUGAUCCUGGUAGUGCUUGGGAAAACGUGAGAGGCUUUGUAGCGGCGCAUUCAAAAGGAAAAGGGCCGGAAAUCCUUGAGUUACCAAAAUUUACUCGGCCAAGUAAAUUAGUAUUUGCGACUACUAUUAAUUUCCACUCGAAUUGGGAGGAACAUUUUCCUGGAAAUUGUACCGUGAAAAAAUGCUUCACCCUAAUUACGGGCGCCAAGAUUCAGGUGGACACAAUGCACGGGAGGUUCAUUCGUUUAUUCAAAUACUACAAAAGCAAGAAGUUCCACGGCGCUAAAAUUCUUCAGCUGCCGUACUUGGGAAAUUAUUGCAAAGCGUAUUUCAUCCUCCCUAGGAAAAAAACAUUGUUCUCUUGUCCAGUGCGCAAAGAUAGGCUAAGCCAACUGGAAGACUUGUUGACACCCAAACGCUUACUAGAGGAAAUGGGAAAAGUGGACUUCCCCCAUGUUGUAACAGCUGAGAUACCAAAAUUCUGCCUAAAUUACACCAUGGCUGUAGAACAAUUUCUCUCGGAAAUGGGAAUGCCUACCGCGUUCUCCGACGUCGCUGACUUGUCCGGAAUAUGCCCACUGUCACCCUUGAAGAUUUCCACCAUCACUCAGACAGCCGUUUUCGAGAUAGACGAAACCGGUACUGACUCUUGCCCCGUAACUGUGGACCGUGCCGCAUUCAUGUCCAGGAGUCCGACAAAUAGAGUAAAGUUCAUAGCCAAUCGACCGUUUCUGUUUAUUGUAUGUCAUGAAGCAACAAGCACGAUUAUUUUUAUGGGACGCAUCUGUAACCCUCUUACUUAAAUCCGGAAUCUGCUUCUCUCGGACCAGUUGUCAAUGCUCCAAGGUGCAUUUCCAUGUAAUACAGCACUGAGCACAGUCAAUAACAUAGUUGCAUAAAAAUUUGCAUUAUUUUUAGUCGUGUGACCGCAAAGGCUGUUUUUGUUAAGUUGGUGGCUAUUGCCA